GUUGUGAAAAAUAAAAACGACAUCCCACAAAGCAUUUCGGAUAAGUCACAUGAACGCACCUUCAACACAUGGAAACGUUGAUAGAAACAUGGCUAUGUUCAUGGAUUUGAAUGUUAGCUACACAACCGACAAGAAACGACUUCAGGGUCUAAUUGAAAAAGCAGCUCACCUUGGAUACUCCAUAGUUGCCAUCAACUAUGUUGUUGAUAUGCAACAAAAGAAACAGGAAAUUGACAAACCAAAAUGUGUCUCGGAGUUAUUUGAUACAUUUCCCAUAGUGCAGGGUAAAUCUAGACCAAUCAAGGUGUUAAAUCGACUCACCAUAGUGGCCACAGACCCAUCACACUUUAGACCAACUGCUGUAUACAAAGCCUAUGACUUAGUGGCUGUCUUUCCUAAAACUGAGAAGUUGUUUCAUGCAGCCUGUAUGACUUUUGACGUUGACAUCAUUUGUGUAGCAGUGUCAGAGAAACUACCCUUCUAUUUCAAAAGAUCUCCAGUAAAUGGGGCAAUUGAAAGAGGGGUGUUCUUUGAGUUAAGUUACACACCUGCUAUUCGAGACUCCACCAUGAGAAGAUACACCAUCGCCAAUGCUGUCAGUCUCAUGGAGACGUGUAAAGGAAAGAAUGUAAUUGUGACCAGUGGGGCAGAAAGGCCGCUGGAGUUGAGAGGACCCUAUGACAUUGCCAACUUAGGCCUACUUUUUGGCCUGUCAGAACAAGACGGCAAAGCUGCAGUCUCCACCAACUGUCGAGCUGUCCACUUACAUGGAGAAACCAGAAAGACGGCCUUGGGUAUCAUACACACUAUGAAGAAAGACCAGCCGUUGUCUGAGGGACAGAGGGAGGUGGAUGAUCCUCCUUCAAAGAGGCCUAAGAUUGAGUUGUCAUAGUUGAAAUGCACAACUUUUCUCAUCGAUUGUGAUACUGUUUAACAACAUUUUAUAAAUAUUGGUAUUUGAGUUUUCUGACAACUGUCAGAAAUCAUUGUUUAAGUCCUGGUUUAGCACUGAAAAAAGCAAAGAAAUUAUCAUAGCAGUGCUGUUUAUUUAAUAUUGUAAAAUGAAAAAGCACCAUGUACAGAAGGCAAUAGUAAUUAUGCUGUGCUCCACUUGGACUACAUCAGUGUCUAUGUAUCCUGAGGUUCAGACACCAGUAUAAAGUGCUACUUAAUUGAA